ACCCCACCCCCGGCCCCCGGCCCGGGACCCCCUCCCUCCCGGGAUCCCCCGGGAUUCCCCACCCCUCCCGCAUCGCCGGGGACCCGGCCGGCCUGGCGCGAGUCCCUGCCCGGGACCCUGGCUCGGCCCCCAGCUUGGAGGAGCCCGGAGCCCGCCCCAAGAGCCGGAACCCAGCGGCGGCUGCAGUCGGGAGGGUCCAUGCCUGUGAUUCUCGAUGGAGAGUGAAAGCACAGAUUCAUGAUGAAAACCAGCCCCCGGCGACCACUGAUUCUCAAAAGACGGAGGAGGCUGCCUGUUCAAAAUGCCCCAGGUGAAACAUCAGAAGAGGAGCCAAAGAGGCCCCCUGUUAAACAAGAGCCCGGUCAAGCACAGGCCUCCAUGGAGGGGGCAGAGCCCAACCCUUGCAAGUUUCCAGCUGGGAUCAAAAUCAUUAAUCACCCCACCAUGCCCAAUACCCAAGUGGUGGCUGUCCCCAGCAAUGCCAAUAUCCAGAGCAUCAUCACAGCACUGACUGCCAAAGGGAAAGAGAGUGGCAGCAAUGGACCCAAUAAAUUCAUCCUCAUCAGCUGUGGGGGAGCCCCCACUAACCCUCCAGGAGCCCGACCUGAAGCCCAAGCCAGUAAUGAUCCCAAGAACACAGAAGUGAUUGCUGAGACCCAGGGACCAACGCCUGCAGCGAGGGCUAUGAAUCUCCCUAGACCAGCUGGAGCCCGUCCCAGACAGAGAUGGGAGAGUUGUGGUAUGUGGUCCACAAAGCAAACAGCUGGCGGCGAGGCAGCAGGCGGUACUCUGGACAACAGCUUGACCAACAUCCAGUGGCUUGGGAAAGUGAGUUCUGAUGGACUGAGCAGCAUCAAGCAAGAGAUGGAGGAAAAGGAGAACCAUCACCUAGAGCAGCGUCAGGUUAAGGUUGAGGAGCCUCCAGGAACAUCAGCAUCCUGGCAGGACUCCGUGUCUGAGCGGCCACCGUACUCUUACAUGGCCAUGAUCCAGUUCGCUAUCAACAGCACCGAGAGGAAGCGCAUGACCUUGAAGGACAUCUAUACUUGGAUUGAGGACCACUUCCCCUACUUUAAGCAUAUUGCCAAGCCAGGCUGGAAGAAUUCCAUUCGCCACAACCUUUCUCUCCACGACAUGUUUGUUCGAGAGACGUCUGCCAAUGGCAAGGUGUCCUUUUGGACCAUUCACCCUGGUGCCAAUCGCUACUUGACACUGGACCAGGUGUUUAAGCCACUGGAUGCAGGGUCUCCACAAUCGCCUGAGCACUUGGAAUCACAGCAGCAGAAACGACCCAAUCCUGAGCUCCGCCGGAACAUGACCGUCAAAUCUGAACUCCCACUGGGCACACGGCGGAAGAUGAAGCCGCUGCUCCCACGGGUCAGCUCGUACCUGGUGCCCAUCCAGUUCCCAGUGAACCAGUCCCUGGUGCUGCAGCCCUCGGUAAAGGUGCCUUUGCCCCUGGCAGCUUCCCUCGUAAGCUCAGAGCUUGCCCGCCACAGCAAGCGGGUCCGUAUUGCUCCCAAGGUGCUGCUGGCUGAGGAGGGGGUGGACCCCCUGCCCAUGGCAGGGACAGGGGAAGAGGAGAAGAUCUUGAUUGGAGAGGGGCUGUCUGCUCUGCUUCCUGUUCAGCCCAUCAAGGAGGAAGAGGCCCAGCCUGGGGAGGAAUACCCACACUUGGGGAGACCCAUCAAAGUAGAGAGCCCGCCCUUGGAAGAGUGGCCCUCACCGUGGCCUUCUGUCAAAGAAGAAUUGUCCCAUUCCUGGGAGGAUUCGUCGCACUCCCCCACUCCAAGGCUCAAGUCCCCAGCCCGUUGUGUCUCAGAGAUGCUGGUGAUGAAACGAAGGGAAGGGAGGGAGGUGAGCCGGUCUCGAAGGAAACAGCACCUACUGCCUCCAGGCCUGGAUGAGCCUGAGCUGUUCUCAGCCGGGCGCCCUGGGCCUUCCCGAGGGGCCCCAGAGCUCACCCUCGUGGCAGAGCCCUCUGAGCUCGCCUGCCCACUUGGCCACUCCCAGGAGGAGGGAGGACCUUUUAAGACACCCAUCAAGGAGAUGUUGCCCAUCUCCUCCACCCCGAGCAAAUCUGUCCUCCCCAGGACCCCCGAAUCCUGGAGACUCACACCUCCAGCCAAAGUUGGGGGGCUAGAUUUCAGCCCAGUACAAACCCCCCAGGCUGCCUUUGGCCCCCUGCCUGACUCCCUGGGGCUGAUGGAUCUCAGCACCACCCCACUGAAAAACGUCCCCCUCUUUGACUCACCCCGAGAGCUCCUCAAUUCUGAGCCCUUUGAACUCACCUCUGACCCUUUUGGUAGCUGUUACCCCUCAGAUAGGGAAAUCCCCAAGCCAGGCUCCCCCGAGUCACAGGUUGCCAGCCUUUCAGCCAACCGUUCUCUGACAGAAGGUCUGGUUUUGGACACAAUGAAUGACAGCCUCAGCAAGGUCCUGCUGGACAUCAGCUUCCCUGGCCUGGAGGAGGACCCCCUGGGCCCUGACAUCAGCUGGGCUCAGUUCAUUCCCGAGUGCAGUAGAGACAUGGCCUGACCCUGCCGCUCACAUGUCUGCUCUUUGGAGUGUUCAUGUGGCUGGGCCUCCAGGUCCUCCGAGUGGGGACAGCAGGCAAGGACUGUCCUCUAGCCUCACCUUGUCUGGUUAUGCCAAGGCAGAUGUCACACUGUAGCUGCCACUGGGCCCUCUGCAAGCAGUGAGGCCCUGUGACUGCUCUCUGUGCCACCCUAUACUCCCUAAGAAUAUGAUUCCUCACUCUCCCGACUAGGAGCUGAAAGGUGGGAACAGCAAAAACAAAGCAAACCGUUUGCAUCUACGCCCAGCAGUCUACCACCUUCCCCACUCUUUGCAGGGUGGCCCUUGUAAAUAGUGUAUAUUCUCCAAAUUAUCCUCUAAUUAUAAAUGUAAGCUUAUUUCCUUAGAUCAUUAUUUAGAGACUCCCGGAAGGUGAGUAGGAUGACAAAGGGUUUCAGUUUGCUUCCGAUCCUUGCUUUCAGUUCCUAGGGAAGGGAGGCCAUGCAGUGCACGGUUUCCUCCAGACCCAAGCUACCCGCCUCAAGGGCCCUUUACUGUAGGCACCCAGACAAGAGGACCUGCUUGUCAGGGUCCCUCUGUUUGCCCCUCCCUCCCACCUACCCAUGUUUCCAAGUCUGCUUUCCUGCAAGAAGAAAUCCUGGUAAAAAGGUCUCGUCAUGGGUCAAGAGUUGAACUGAGGGUGGGGGAUGGAUGCAUCUAAAGCAGAGUGGAGGUGCCCAGAUGUGCACCCAUAAGAUGUUUCUCUGAUAAUGUCCCUAAUCAUGCCAGAGAGACUCAUGCUGACGAGAACUUGGCCCGAGGCUGAGAAGACUGAGGGACCCUGACCUGCCCGGCUGCCUUAGCUCACACCUCAGCUUUGCAAAGAGCCACCCUAGACCAUGGCUGACCUCAAGAACACUACAUAACCACCUAACAAUAAAUCCAGGGUGGAA